AUACGGAUGGUCGUCGGUCUUUAUCCGUUCGACAUCGAAGGCACAAACUUUUCUUUCGACGCAGGCGACCAAAUGCAUUUACUGAAAGAAAAUCCUAAACCUGGCUAUUAUGAAGUUAUGAAUCUACAAACGAGAGAAAAAGCACUUGUGCCAAAAGCAUUGGUGGUCGAAUAUGGAAGAAUUGAAAAUGAAGACUGGUAUAUAGGAAGUGCUACAUGGGAACAAAUAAAGAUGAUAUUAAGUGAGAAACAGAAACCACAAAGCUUUCUAAUUUUGAAAAACGGAGACAAAAAGUUUUUGCUCGGAUUUCUAGAUUCAAUAAAAAAUGUAAAGCGUUUUGAUAUCGAAAUUAAUGAUAAAGGAAGGUUUCAUAUUCCCGAAAUAGGAGAGGAAGCGUCAUUUGCAAGCUUGCCUGCACUCGUUUGGUAUUAUAAAACCAACAAUCUCGUGCAAGAUUUGAAGUUGUCCGAGCCUGCUAUAAUAACGUCUCAUAUUAAACGAUUUCUGAAAAGAUCAACAGAAGGCGCCAAGAACAAUACAACAAUAGAAGCCUCCAACGAAGAAAUGCAAAAUUCAGAUAGAAUGGUAUUUGGCAAUACUGAUCAAUCGCUUUGGACAAAUAACACCUUGGAAAAAAUUGCAGAUGGAUUAAAUGCUUCCGAGACAGAACAAGUGGUUUGCAACCCUUCUUUACCAUUCGAGCCCGUAGAAAUUUCUGAUGACGAUGACGACGAUCAUAAAUACAUUCAAACUGCCAAUGAAGAUUCUAGAGAUACAUUAUUAUUAGAAAAAUCACGUUCAAGAAUAUCGUCAGAAAUGAUUUCUGCUGAUGCUUCUACCAGUAUAUACAAAAAAAUUGCAAGUACACACCCAAAUGAAGUUGAAAGUAAAGGAAAGUCCUCACUUGAUAAUAAUUUGUCGCCAAAUCUGAAACGAAGAACUAUCGAGGAAAUGUUUCGUGAGCUCCCUUUAACAUCUGCUAGUACACGAGAAGAACAACCGCCAAAUAAGCAAAUGCGUAUAGAUUCUUAUAGAAAACAAAACAACAUACAAAAUAAACAGAUAACGUUUGCUGAUAGUGGAACAUCCGAAGAACAGAGCGAUGAAGAACUACAAGAAAAACAAUUGUCACAGAGUGAAACGGCAAAGAAAAUAUUUUCACCGAAUUUAAAUAAUACGUUAUGUGAUGUAGUGUCAAAGAAAACACUUGAUAUAAGACAGAAUAAAAAUUCUAAUAAGAACCAUGGUCUGAUAAAUGAUAUAUUGUCAAGCGAAAAAAGUGGUUUAGGCCCAAAGAAAAAACUAUCCAGUGAUAAAACAUUGCCUUCAGAGUCUUCUUCAAAUAGACCAUCACAAGAAGUCCAUGCAAUUAAUCCAUCUGUUUCCACUGCUCAACAUAAUAAUAUUCGAGAUGAAGAAGCAAGAUUUCAUGAAGCAAGUCGCGCUACAUCUUCUGCUACAGAUCCAAAUUUGCUAAAAAAAAUUGAAACAUUAAACAACCAAGUUCAGCGCACAAAAAGAUCUAACCGUACUGUAUAUUAUUGUACACAAAGAGCUCAAAUAAUCGAAAAGUAUGUUUUGAAGUCAAACUCCAGAAAUAUAGAAGACGAAUUUAUGAUAUCGGAACUUAUUGACUUGAAAAAACUUAGGCAUAAAAACCUGGUCACGCUGAUAGAUGUUUUUGUAGAAAAUGACAAUAUACAUAUUUAUCUAAAUACAUGGAUGGCCGCACUUUGA